UAUGAUUUUUUCAAAAAUAUUGAAAGAUAUAUAAAGGAUGGGAAAUCUAUUGAAGAUAUCAUCCCUACUGUUGUUCCAUCUUCAGAUUGUAAUUCUUUUUCUAAAAUUUGGGGAAUAAAAUCAGGAAAUGAAAUAAUGGCAAAAAAUAUUUGCAAUAUCCUUGUAAGCAUAUAUAAAUAUUUUAAAAAUGGUAAUGAUCGUUAUGGAUUUGAAAGUAAUUAUAAAGAAGAUUUUACAUUUUUAAACUAUUGGGUAAAUUGGAAAAUACACGAAGGUAUGUUUAACGAAAAUACAACUGUCAAGGAUUUUUAUGACUAUAUAGGUAGCCAUGCUCUAAGUGAACUAAAUUAUGAUGUAUCAAAUACUCUAAUAUACGAUAUUGACAAGGAUGACUUGUAUAAAUUGAAUAUAUUAUAUAGUUUAUAUGAGAAGUACAGUAAACUUAAUGCUAUUACAUAUGAUAAUCUAGAUCAGGAUAAACAAUCAUUAUAUUCACACUCAACUGCAUGUUGCAAUGAUUACAAUAAAGCUAAAUAUAUAUGCAAUGAUGAUAAUAAGAAUAAUAAUUCCUAA